AUGUGGUUGGCGACUGCACCAUCACCAGCUGUUCUAAACUUCCUCAUUGGAAGUCACGAAAAAGCGGCUCUGAAGAAGGCGAUACUGCAGAAACGUCAGCUAGCAUUGUAUCGUAUUGUGUUCUUCUAUGGAAACAAUUUCUGGGAGUUGUUCAAAGCAAACAUACAUUCCCAGAACAUAUCGGAAUUAUAUAAAUUCAAUUACCUGCUUAAUUCGCUACAAGGGGAAGCACUCGAUGCGGUAAAGAAAUUUCAACUCACUAAGGAGAACUAUGCUAAAGCGGUUGAAUUUCUUACUAAAAAAUAUGCAGACUCGAAAAAACUCAUAAUAACACUCAUGGACAAACUUGACAACAGCCAGCUUCGUUCCACCACUGUGCACGAUCAACGGAAACUAUUCGAACAUUUGCACUUAAUACUAACACAGUUAAAAGUAAAAGGUGAAAAUGUCGACAAUCAAUGUAUGUUUAAGAAAGUAUUGUCUAAAUUCUCUAACAACAUACAGCGCAAAGUCAUCGAAAAGAAACUUGACGUCGUGACGAACAAAGAUAAACCCUUCCAGAUGGACCAACUCCUCCAAUUUAUUGAGGAAGUUAUAUACAAGGAGGAAAAAGUUUGGCAGUGCACGUCAAAGUACCAACCAAUGUCAGGUACUAUCAAUAAACAAGACAAUACAACCAGAUCGUGGAACCUCGACACAAAGUACUGCUGCAUGUACUGUAAAGCCGAUCACAAAUCGUUCAAUUGCGACAUGUACAAGACGCCAUAUGACCGCUCACAAUACCUCCGAACAAACAAAUUGUGCGCAAUUUGCGCAUCCCCAUACCAUGAGUCAACUAAUUGCAAGAAGUCGUCUUGUUUCAAAUGCCAGAGACGGCACCAUACUUUAUGUUGUUUUCAGUCGACCUCAAAAGAAAGCUUUCAGAAUGGUUCUAAAAGCGAACCAAACAGAAACAAGGUCUUUAAGGACAGAAAACAUAGCAACAAGGACAUCGAGACGUACCAGCCGACGUCCAAAAUCAACUACGUCAAUCAACAACAAGAAGAACCUGCACAGCACGAGACCUCCGUCCUAAAAAUUCAGGCUCAGGGUCAGCAUCAGCAAAGUCACCAAACCUCCAUUUUACCAACUGGAGAAAUUACGGUGGUGAACACAACUACAGGGACACUUCAAAAAGUCGCAGUUUUGCUGGAUUCUGGAGCUGAUUUUUCUUUCAUAGAAGCAUCACUCGCAGCAGAAUUGAAUCUUCCUAUCCUCCAAGAAACUGAACUACGCUUAAGCACUUUCGGAUCCGAGGAAGCACGAGAAAAGCCGUCCAACAAAGUUUCCCUGAAAGCAUGGGACGCCGAAGGUCGUCCGCUCUCUAUGCUCCUAUACACCCACGAUAACUUGGUAAAGCCAUUUGUUAUCCCUCCAAUUUCUAAGAAAGAUACAGAUUUUAUUCAACAACGUCAUCUUCCAGUAAAACUAACUCACACCGAACUAAAAAUGAAACCCACUAUACUAUUAGGCUCUGACCAACUAUGGUCCCUCGUUAAAGGCGACCAACCCCACAUCAUACUACCAUCAGGUUUACAUCUCUUACCGACUCGUCUAGGUCACCUCAUAACAGGCAAGACCGACGAGCACUCUUAUCUACUACCUAAAAAAGAAAAUGAAACAAAAAAUCACGAAAAAUACACUACGGUAUCAAGUCCAAUCAAUUUCACAUAUCACCCAAUUUGGCAAUUGGAGGACGAGGACGAUAAAAAGUGGGAGAGAUAUCUCACACUACAAUCUGCUGGAACCGAAGAAUUCUCCAAUUCCGAAAAAGAUAUAAGGAUGCAAACUGACCAACAAGUGUGGGAGAAAUUCAAUCAGACCAUCGAAGAACGAUCCAACGGGUACUAUGUACGCCUCCCCUGGAAGGAGUCAACCACUACUAAACUACCCGACAAUAAAGCCAUAGCUCUCAGUAGACUAAAUAGUGUUUGGAGAUCUCUACAAAAUAAUCGCGAAUUAAUGGAAGAAUACAAUAAUAUAUUUGCCGAACAACUUCGCUUGAACAUUCUAGAAGAAGUCGACGAAGAAGCAGUCAUCAAAGACUCUCGACUCCAUUAUAUUCCCCAUCAAGCAAUUCUAACUCCCAAUAAAAACACUAAAAUUAGAGUGGUUUAUGACGCGUCCGCUCACCACAAAGGAUGUCCGUCACUUAACAAUCUCCUUCAUCGAGGACCAGUGCUGCUUCCUGAACUGUUCGGCAUUUUGCUACGCUUCAGAUUUGGACGCUAUGCUAUAAUCUCUGAUAUCGAAAAGGCCUUCUUACAGGUACGUCUUCAUGAAAUCGACCGUGAUUCGACGCGCUGCUUGUGGUUACAUGAUCACACAAAACCACCUACUCCAAACAAUAUCAAAACUUUACGAUUUACCCGCGUAAUUUUUGGGUUAAUCACCUCGCCUUUCCUGCUAUCAGGAACAAUCCUUUUCCAUCUCGAUAAAUACAAAGACUGCAUCCAACUCGUAACAGAAGUAAAAGAAAAUUUGUACGUCGAUAACCUUAUUCUAACUGUUGAUGACUCGCAAGAAUCCUUCUACGUCUACUCACAGUCCAAGCGAAUUUUCGACGAACUUAAGAUGAAUCUUUGUCAAUUCGCUUCUAAUGAUACUGAAUUGGUAGCAUCAAUUCCAUCAAAGGACAAAGCGGACAAAGAUAUAAUAAAAGUGUUAGGAAUCCCUUGGAGUCCAUCCACCGACUGCAUUACGGUCACAUGUAAUCCCAAACAGCAAUCACGGAUUACCAAGAGAACAAUUGCCAGUGUCAUUGCUUCUAUAUAUGAUCCGUUAGGUUGGCUUCUGCCUCUACUUCAUGNGAAAAUAUGUACGUCGAUAACCUUAUUCUAA